CAGCAGGACAGACGGGGAGGCUGAUGCGCUCGUACGCAUUGGCUGAGGGGAGACCUCAGAUGUUUUUUUAGCUUAUAUUUUUAGCAGAGGAGGUCGGACUCGUAUUGCACCGCGCGUGGUAGAAGUGCAGUUCAUCUGCAGUGCUGCUGAGCGCUGGAGAACCGCAGUGUGUGAACGCUCGAGCUCAGCAUAUUCAACGAGUCCGCUUGACGGCCAAUGCUCUGAAGUAAACACUCCGGAUAGCUCAGCUUGGAUUUCAGUGGCCCUCUUGCUAAGACGCGUUUUAUUUGGGAAAUGGCCAGUUCUGGAGACGACUCGGCUUCAAAUGCCCAGCUGGAUCAGGCUGAAUCUGCAGAAGCGACCCCCGAACCAGCAUUUCAAGAAGCUCAGAAAUGGAUCGAGGCAGUGACAGGAAGAAGUUUCGGGGAUAAGGAUUUCAGAAGUGGACUGGAGAAUGGCAUUCUGCUUUGCGAGCUGCUGAGUUCAAUCAAGCCAGGUCUUGUGAAAAAGAUAAACAGACUUCCAACACCCAUCGCAGGACUGGAUAAUCUGACAAUGUUUCUGAGAGGAUGUGAAGAGGUGGGAUUGAAGGGGUCACAGCUGUUCGAUCCUGGAGACCUGCAAGAUACAUCUAUACGAGCAAACUUAACGGGCUCUGACUGCAGUAGAAAACUAAAGAAUGUGCUCAUAACCAUAUACUGGCUUGGGAAAGCUGCUAACAGCUGUGCGACAUAUAACGGCCCCACACUCGACCUGAAAGAGUUCGAGGGACUCCUUUCCAUGAUGCGAAAGGAGUGUGUAAAUGAAGAGUCAGACUCUCCUAAGCGCAGUAUACGGGACAGCGGUUACAUCGACAGCUGGGAAUCGGAGCGCUCUGAUUCGCUGUCUCCUCCAAGACAUGGCCGUGAUGAUUCGUUUGACAGUCUUGACUCGUUUGGCUCACGAUCACAGAACACACCAUCGCCGGACACAGUCAUUCGCUGCAACAGUGAUGACUCUGAAGCUGAUAGGAAGUUGCCAGAUGUGCGUAAGGAUGACAUGUCUGCCCGUCGUGUGUCUUACAAAGAGCCUCGUGCCGCUUUACCCUUCAACCAGUAUCUGCCGAACAAGAGCAACCAGACCAACUACCUUCCCGCCCCCCUGAGGAAGAGGAGGAGCGACAGGGAGGAAGAUAGACGGAGUGUGAGCAACUCGACAUCUCCAGUGGGAGGAGAACGACCCCUCAGACAAGAGUGUGUGGAAGUGUUAAAAGAAGGGGCUGUCGUGUCUCAAAAAAAAGUCCAGAAACAUUUCACCUGGACAGUCGAGAAAGGGGCAGAGCUUGAUGAGGCGGAGCUUAAGAAAAUGAGGAAGCUGGAAAAGGCGGGAAUUAAAGUGUUACCCGCCACCGUGCGAUACAACAGUCCAAUUGUGACUCCUGCUGAAGACAACAAACUGAAAUCCCCUUCACCUGACAUCAUCCUCCGGCGUGACAAUGACUUCAUGCGUGCUGCUGUUCCGCAUCAGUGGGACUCCGAUGAGGCAGAGGAAGAUGGAGAGGUGGAGCAGAAGGUUCCAGAUGUUCAAAAGGACGAUCUUGCUUCUCGGAGAGCGCGCAUGAAUCAGUUCAAACCCAGUGUGGCACAUCACUUCCUGCCAGGCUCCUGCAGCUGGAAGGACCGAGAGAAAUGGGAGGGAAUCAGGAUGGCAUCCCAGCAUGCCGUGUUGGAGAGGAUAGAGAAGAUGGAACAGGAGAAACUGGAGAAAAGAAGUCAAACUGAGCCCGCCUCACCUGAAGUGCCAAUCAUAACUCGAAAGGACAAUCCUUUUCUGAGUCUAGAAAAAGACAGGGCAAAAGAGGGAGAUGAGGAAGAUGAAAGAGAGGUAGAGAGGAAGACAGUCACCCCAAACCUACACAAAGAUGAUCUGGCACGGAGGCGGACUGGGGGAAGGCCACGCAUUCCCAAAGAUCCUCACCAGUCACUGGUCCAGACUUCCAUCACUCAGUCAGACCUGGAGACAUGGCAGAGAUUGAAGAUGAAUACAGAGAGCAGUGAGUCUGACCUUGCCCCUGCUGAAGUGUCAAUCAUAACUCGCAAGGAAAACCCUUUCCUGACCCCUGAGAAGCAAAGUGAGCAGGAGACUGAGGAGAGUGCAGACAGAGAGGAAGGGGAGAGGGUGACGACGCCCAAUGUAAAAACAGAUGACCUGGCCAGGAGGCGGAGCCAGAGUGGGUCCCUCCCACAGAAGGAACCUCGACAGUCAUUGGCUCAAACAACCAUCACUCAGUCAGAUCUGGAGAAAUGGCAGAAGCUCAAGAUGAGUACAGACAGCAGUGAGUCUGACUCUGCCUCUGCUGAAGUGUCGAUCAUAAUUCGCAAGGAAAACCCUUUCCUGACCCCUGAGAAGCAAAGUGAGCAGGAGACUGAAGAAAGUGCAGACAGAGAGGAAGGGGAGAAGGUGAUGAUGCCCAAUGUAAAGACAGAUGACCUGGCCAGGAGGCGUAGCCAGAGUGUGCCCCUCCCACAGAAGGAGCCUCGACAGUCAUUGGCUCAAACAACCAUCACUCAGUCAGAUCUGGAGAAAUGGCAGAAGCUCAAGAUGAGUACAGACAGCAGCGAUGAGCCUAUUGUCCCUCUAUGUCAGACGUGUCUUGAGAAAGGCUGCCUCUCUGUCGCCUCCAAGACGAAGGUUGCCAAGAAUGAUCCGGCUGGUUGCUGGGAUCGUUCCUCCGGUAAAAGCCGGCGUGUUGUGACAUUUGGUGGUGUGACAGAGAUGGAGAGCACUUCCUGGAAAGAGGAAGAGGAGGAUGGGGAGGAUGAGGAAGAGGGAGAAAGAGAGGGGAAUGAGGCAGAGAAGCUUCGAUAUCUCCUGUCUGUGGCACCUGUCGCUGUGCCCAACAUAGGGUUGAGCUCCAGACUGACAAAGAGAGCGGUGGUCAGUGGAGAUAUAAACCCUGAACCUGCUCCCAUCAUGCCUCCUGAACCUCCAAACCUGUUCAUGUUUGACCUUAAACGGCCUUUGACCUCCACCGAGCGCAAAGUGCUGGAGGAUGAACUGGCUGAGAAAGCAAAGGAUGAGAAGGAGGAUGAUGAAGAGGACGAAGCCGUAGAAAGGCAGCCGGAUAUCGAAAAGGAUGAUAUGCUAGCUCGCAGAACUAGAGCCUUUCAGAAGACAGGGAAUGGGACUUCAUUUAACCAGUUCCUCCCGCUGCCGGGGUCUAAGAGAGAGGGCGCUAUUGGUUCUUCUUUAGCCCAGAAAGGAAGUGUCCUGAUGGGCUCAAGUGGAGACAGAGACCUGCAAUACCUGGAGAGAAAUAUAAGGACAAAGAGAACCAAGAUCGGUCAGAGAUUUGAACCAGUCGAUCAAGUAGCAAAGACACCUGCUCCGGUUGCUGUAGUCACCCAGCAGAGCCCUGAUAUUGUUCGCUCUACUGCAUCUAGCACUGAUCGCUCUGCCACUUACGAUUAUUGUGAUGAUGAUGAUGAUGAUGAAUAUGUGGAUGAUGGUCAACUUCCGGAUGUUGAGAAAGAUGACAUGCUUGCGCGAAGGACUGGAUCCUACCAAAAGCCAAACGCAGGGGCAGGACAGGCUUUUAAUGCAUUUCUGCCCAAACCUGGUGCUGUCAAACAUAAAAUCGCCCCUGUCCGUGGAUCACAGUCUUACGUUAAGCCAAGAGAACAUGAGACAGCCCCAUCACAGGACAGCUUCACCCUUAGCUCUGUAGCCCCGCCCCCAAGAGAUGCUGAGGACAUGCCCAGGAAGUGGCCUCAGAUGAUGGACAGGCAGGAGACGGGCUCUGGGGGACAGGAAAGUCUUAUUAAACAUGAGACUCUUACCAAAAGCCCGUCCCCCAUGCCUGAGCAACCGUCCCGUCGGCCCCUUUGGCAGGAAGAUGAUGAUGAUCUCCCCCCAAUAUUCAGAGCUACUAGUGUUUCUGAUGAAGCGGAGAGCGUGAGUUUGAUUGACAUGCGUGAUGAAGAGGAUGAGCUCGCAUACCUUCGGCCGCACAGCCAAUCCAGGCAUGAGCACCUACACAACCAGUACAACAAAGUGAAAGAGGAGGAGGACCAGUGGCAGGACGAUUUGGCUCGCUGGAAGAACCGGAGGCGAAGCGCUUCUCAAGAUCUGAUCAAAAAGGAGGAGGAGAGGAAGAUGAUGGAGAAGCUAAUGACAACAGAUGGAGGACACGGACAUCGCAAGAAGAGCAUCAAAACAUACAAAGAAAUUGUAGAGGAGAAAGAGAAAAGGGAACAGGAGCUGCAUGAACAAUACCGUAAGGCCUCCAGUCCAGAAGAGAAAGCAGCUGUGCUUCAGCGCUAUGCUCUCCGUUUCACUAUCAGCGAUGCCAUACUGGAGAAACUCCAACUUCCCAAACUGCCUUCUGCCGCCUCACCGAUGCACACAUCCCCUGUCCAUCAGUCCGAGCAGAAGACCACAUCCACCGCCUUAGUAGAAGCAGAGGUUCCAGAACUUUCACAAACUACCCAAGCACAACAGACUGUCCAUGUAGAGCAGAAGAUUACACACGAGGCACCGGCACAGCCUAAAAUCCCCAAACCAUCACCACCUCCCAAGUGCAUCAAAGCUCCAGAAGUCCUGUCAGCACCUUCACGAGUUCCUCCAGCUCCAUCAAAGCCUGUACCCCUGAUCACCCCCAAACCCUACAGCCAACCCAAAUUCAGCCAAGGGUUCCGCAAAUCGCUGAAGAGUGAUGGGCUAAUACGUGUGAACGGAGACCACAAUCAGCAGGAGAUCAGGGAGAAGACUGAUAGAGAUUCUCUGCAGAAACCUGAUGUCAACUUCUCUUCCUCGUCUCCAAAGCCAGCAAUUCAAAGUCAACAAAAUGAGGAACCAAUUGUGUUAGAAACCUCAGACCACCAGCAAGACUUACAGACACCUAAACCUGACCUGGAGAAAGAAGUCAUAAACAAGGAGGAAGAAAGUCCGCUUAGUCCUCAGGAAGAGAUCAGCAAAGAAGACACCUCAACUACACUUUCAGUGUCAGAACCAGCAGGAAAGCAGCCAGUGCCUGACACAGUGAUGAAGCGCAACUUUGUUGUCACAACAACCAUAGUGACAGAACUCACUCAGACGCACCCCGUCCCACUAGAGGACACGUCCAGCACAGAGCAGCCUGAUACAGUCCAAAAUACAUGUGAUCUGAGCUCAACUGCAGAGUCCUGUAAAGCUGACCAGACAUCAUACUCGAUCUCGUCGACAGAGGGGAUUGACUACUCCAUUGAAUGUAUUGAAACCCCAAUGUUGAACCUUGCGAAAAGGGUUGACCACUGGACGUGGGAUCCCAAUGAGGAGCGCAGGCGGCAGGAGAGGUGGCAGCAGGAGCAGGAGCGUCUCCUGCAGGAGAAAUAUCAGCGAGAGCAGGAGAAACUGAAAGAGGAAUGGGAGAAAGCCCAGAGAGAAGUAGAAGCGGAGGAGAGGAGACACAAUGAAGAGGAGAGACGGAUUCUGGAGGAGACAGUGACCCCGCUGACCCCUCGCACCUCAGUUUUAUCAUCCAGCUGCGGGACAGAGGCGCCGUCCCUCACACAGCCCUCGGCUCCACAUGAAACCAUUGUCCUCUCAUUGGCCGACUGGGAAAGGAAACAGGAAAUGCUGGAGAAACAGGCACAGACGAGCCAGAGUAACGGAUUGACACACAGUCCUGAUCCAGUAAUUGCAGCAGCUCAGCAGAACGGAAAGAGAGCUGAAGCUCAGGAGAGCCAGAUCACAACUGCUACACCACAACUGCAGUUCAUACAGGAUGGCUCGUGGAGCUGCAAAUCUAAAGGCAUGCAGGAGGAUCUGAAGAAAACCGCCUCGCUGGAUCGUAAACAGAGUCCAGCCCCAAGCCAGACCACAGGGAUGAGGAGGACUGGGUCAUGUGAGAAUGUUUUAGGAACACACCCAUCAAAAUCACCCACACCAUCACAAGACACGCCCCCUCCAUCACCCAGCAGGUCAGUCAGUGGAAAGAAGCUUUGCUCCAGUUGUGCUCAUCCACUCGGUAAAGGAGCAGCAAUGAUCAUUGAAACCUUGGGGCUUUACUUCCAUAUCCAGUGUUUUAAGUGUGGCGUAUGUAAAGGAUUACUUGGAGACACAAGUGCUGGAACUGACGUCAGGAUUCGAAAUGGACUUCUCAAUUGUCAAGAGUGCUACAUAAAAUCAAGGGCUGCUGGUCAGCCAACAACAUUGUGAUGCCUCUGCACUUCUGAUGAGGAAACAGAACCGAAAUCAGGUUAAACCAAACCAGGACCAGACCCAGGAAGAACGGAUUUUAUGUUUAUACAACAGAUUUCCUUACAGCACAAUCAAGCAUAGACAUUAAUGUCAAAACUGGAAUCAAGGACACAGGAUGGCUUUCUUUGACUGUUCAGUGCUCGCUGAAAUAUGACUUGAUCACUAAUAAAGAGUGAGACUGUUCAUACAGUUUGUUUUACACUUUAGAAUGGGCAGUACUGGUAUCACUUUACCUCACAGUGACCGUGUUACACACGUUUCAAUAGCAAUAGGGCAUUUUUAUUAUAAUGCAUUGAUAAAAACACAUCCUCAGCUACUAAAGGAGAGAUAAAGUCAAAUUUUUGUGCCAUUACACUAAAUAAUAUUUAGAUAGGGCUGUUACACUCUCUUAAAAUAUACUAAUACAGACCAUUUAUGUGGGCUGGGCUGAAAAUAUCUGUCGAUAAAUCACAAUAUUCUUUAAACUUUAUUAGUUUUGACAUGAAGUGAAGGCUCAGAUUUCAGAUUUCACUAGCUUUAUUACAAAAUUCAGGCAAACAAAUACUGUUUUGCGGCUUUUCACCUGAGCAAAAAAGCAUUUAAUAAAACCAUAGACUGUAAGAAUAAAACAGACAUUUAAUACUUUUAAACUUGAAAGAUUAACAUUUGAGUGAAUAUAUGCAUCAUAUUACAAAUUUGUUAUGUAUUUCUUACUUCUUAACCUGUUCUUCUAUGGUUAAUGUACGUUUAAAUAAAUCUACUGUUUUAUUAUUUCAAAAAACUGAACAUAAUUCUUAAUUAUAAUUAUUAAUAGUUGCUAUUUUUAUUAUAUAAUAAAUAAUAAAUAGAGGGCUACACGGUGGCUCAGUGGUUAGCAAGAAGGCUGCUGGUUCAAAUCCCAUCUGGGCCAAUUGGCAUAUCUGUGUGGAGUUUGCAUGUUCUCCCCGUGUUCUUGUGAGUUGCCUCAGGGUGCUCUGGUUUCCCCCACAGCCCAAAAGACAUGCGCUAUAGGUGAAUUGAAAGAACUAAAUUGGUCAUAGUGUAUAUGUGUGAAUGUGAGGGUGUGUGGGUGUUUCCCAGUACUGGGUUGGCGGUUCAUUCCGCUGUGACGACCUCUGAUAAUCAGAGACAAAGCCGAAGGAAAAUGAAUGAAUAAUAAAUAGACCCUUAUGUGCGAUUUAAAUGGUUGGUUUACAAAUCACUUUAAUGGUUAUGUAAAAACUGUACAGGGUUUAGCCAAUAGGAGCUUUAGUUCAGUAUUAUUUUUGUUCCUUGAAAAAGAAAAAUUGGCAUGUACUGUACCUGAUUACCUAUAUAUCUUAAAGGAAUAGUUCACCCCGAAAUUUACUAUUUUUUGUAUUUAGUUUUAUAUAGAGUGUAUAAAGAUGUUCAUUAAAUCUAUAAAAGGGACUCAAUGGUCUCAAACUCAAUUCCUGGAGGGCCGCAGCUCUGCAUAGUUUAGCUCCAACCUCCUCCAACUCAUACCUGCUUAAUAGUCUCUAGUAGUCUUAAAUAGUUGGAUCAGCUGUGUUUUUUUAAUCAGUAUUUUUUUUAGGGUUUUCACCUUCAAUGGAUAGGACAGUAGAGUGUUUUGACAGCAGGGGCGUAGCGGACAUUUUAAAAGUUUGGGGGGGGGGGGGGGUAGUGGGGGCUGUAUGAAAAAACUGUGCAGAGCUGCGGCCCUCCAGGAAUCGAGUUUGAGACCUAUAUGGAUUCCAAUAAACAACUGGUUACACUCUUCUUGAAGCAAAACUUUUUUAACGGCAAUUCGAAAGCAAAUAGCAUUGAAAUCUGACAAAAUGACAGAUAUUUUAGUCGAUGCUUUUUGCCAUUGACAUGUUUGACUUGAUUUGAUUUUGAUUUAUUUAUUUUGAACAGAAAAAUCAUACAUUAAAAACCUUUAAUAAAAAAUACAUUUCAACAUGGUCGAAAUGGAGCAGGACAAACUUAUCAUGUUCCCACCCCAUUUUCACACACAUCAUUCGUCUAUUACUUCAACUUAUUUCUUCUUUUAGUUAUCUCUUCUUUUUACAUUUUACUUAUUUAAGUGUGAAAUUUACAGUUUAGUACACUCAGGCAGUGGUUCCCAAAGUGGGGGUCGGGACCCCUCGGGGGGUCGCAGGAUAAUGAACAGGGGUCGCUUGGUGAUUUCCAAAAACCUAAUUCAUUUUAUGAAACUAUUAGAAUUACCAUAUUUAUAUUUACAAUAAUAGUUAUAAAACAACACACUUUUUUUCCAAUUGGAUUGCGACCCCUGGGGUCUCAUUACAUUAGAUUAAAGACACAGCAAUAGGGUCAGAUGCAGCAAGAUUGAUUUCAUGGCACCAGGGUAAACUUUCUGACACCUUUACGGCACUUGCGUACAAUAAAAUUAAAUACAGGCCACGACUGAACAUGGAGGAUGAUCUAUGAGUGGCGUUCUCCAAAAUUAAACAAAGAAUAGAUUGGGCCUAUUGGUGUGUUUGAGCUGUUUUGCGUUUGUAUAUAUUAUAUUAAAUAAAAUGUUGGGGGUCACGAGUCACUGGCAUUAUUAUUUUGAGGGUCACCGGCUGAAAAGUUUAGGAACCCCUGCACUCAGGUACCAUUUACACUAAUGCAUUUUUGUUUUAAAAGUCAUAGGUUUUGUUUCAGUUACACCCGGCAUUCACAGUUCUCCUGCAUCUUCGAUUAAAAACGAAAAAAAAAAAUGUUUUGAAAAUGCUAAAUAUGCAGUUUAAGUUUAGAAAAUCUGUUGUUGUGUGUGAGUGUAGAUGAACUAACUCUAGUAUGACCUCUAGUAUGGUUUUAAAACGAAAAAGCAUUAGUGUAAAUGGCUCCUCACAAGUGAGAGUAUGUGCAGCUAAAAAUGAAAUGAAAUUUAAUAUUUGACCACAUUGUUCAUUAGUAGGCUAGGUACUUACAUAAAUACUAGUAAAAUAAGUAACAUGGGCACUGUGAUGUAAAGUGCGACUGAAUACAUUUCUAUUAUAAGGAACAUGAGGUAGCACAACAUCCAGUUUUCAUCCGAGAAAAUUUUGCAUUUAUUAUUUUGUUAGUAAUAAAUAAUCUGUUUUUUUGUAAAGGUCUCGCAGGUCUCCGACAAACAUUGUUCAUAAAUGUUGUUCUGCUAACAGACGAACGCAUGAAUGUGCAUCUCUAGGCCUAGUUCAUGUCCUGAUGCCUUAAAUGACAACAUGAAAUGAAUACCGAUAAGAUUGUCUGUCACUUUUAUUUAUGGUUUGAAGAAACAAACAAACAUGUCUUCAUGAAUUAACUGGAGUGGAUUUGAUUUCAAUUUUCUGUUCCUUCCUCCAUGUUGCAUUGCCUGUUUUAUCUGGUUUGAGACUUCAUUGUGUUUUGUUCAACAAACGGUGUAGACAGCAUGUUGCUAGGUAGGAUUUACAUUUCCAUUUGGUUAUUUUUCAGACUUUGUGUUAUUAAUAUUUACGUUUUGCUUUCGCAUUUGAUAAGAAAACCGCAUGAUCCCAGAAACUUUCCUCUGUGACGCUUUACAUUACAAUGCCUUUAUAAUGAAUUACUACAACCGAUGUGAAAACAAACAUCUAAACUAUUUUGUGUGAUAACUUAAGCACUGUAAUGUAAAGUGUUUUCUUUUAGCCUUUGAAAUAUUCCGUUGCAAAUGUUUUUACGUGUUAUCUGUUGCCUUUCACUCUUCUGCAAUGUUGUGCCUUAGAAAUGCGCUCCUAGAGAAAGUCUAGUUUCUUGCAUCCAAAGCUUCACGUAACCAAUGUGCAUUGGUGAGAGUAUUAUGCAUAUGCACUGAGCACUCUGCUUUUACCCCUUAUACUUUAUUAAACACCCUGUGAAUGUGCAAGCAAGAGAUUUCAAACGGAAAGCAUAACCUCCUGUACGCUUUCCAGUCAUUUCAUGUGCAUUUAGAGGUGUUAAAUUUGUUUAAUAUCCAUAAUUAUCUUUAUUGAAAUCAACCUAAGGUCAUUAAGGUAUCAGAUACAACAACAACAGAUUGCAUCCAGCAACAACAGCAUAUAAUUCCUGCAUUUCUAACGUCUGCUUUUGCUUUCUGUUAAUAUUUGUGAUUAAAAGGAAUUGUUGUUUAGAUCUGGGGGGUUUUCAUUGUUGCUUGUAUGUCAUUUGUUUUAUUUUGACAUUGUAAGAAUAUGAGCUGAAACAGAAGGCAAUAAUUACUGGAAAGAGUAGCCAAGGUGUGUGCGACAAGAUGUGUGUGACAAAACAAAACUUCAUAUUCUGUAUUUAUUAUACCCUUUUAAAAUUGAGUGAUAUAAGACAACCAACGCUGAAAUGCAAUGGCUUUUAUAGCAAGUGUAUGUUUUUAAAUAAACUAUAAUAAACUAUUUUAAAUGCA